AUGAACUUCGUCCCGAAUCAGGACUAUCACGAGUGGGCUAGCAACUCGUCUCGCCGUGAAAGCACGGUCUCAACCUCCACAGUGUCGUCCGCCUCCACCAGUAUACUAUUCCCGACGCCCUCGACCUCCCCCGGGUCCAACUCGCGCAAGCAGUCAUGGCAGUUGUAUGACGAUGUCGUGCGGCUCGAGUUGCACCCCUCCAUGACAGUUUCAUUCGUGAAGAAUGGCCAGCUCUUCAAGUUACGCUACACCUUCAUCGAUCUAUGCAAAGACUCAACCGGCGCAUUGAAAUGUCUAGAACUCGGGGGAGGAUUGGGUCAACAGACCCCAUUCGUUCAUGCCUUUCACAACACCAAACUUCCUGUCCCACAUCUCGAACACCCAAAAGAAGACUCUGCAUAUCCCUUGCGCAUCACCUUUCUCGAGCAACAAACGAUACAAGCCGCCCAUGUGGUCUUCAUGACACAAUUAUCCUACAAAUUUGAGAACUGGGAGGACUGCGUCCAAUUCCAAGAACUCCUCCUUUGUUCUAAAAUGAUGUUCAUCGGCGGCAUGGCCGAAGCCAAAUCCAAAGGCCGUGGCGAGGAGUGUAUCAGCCAGAAUCUUCGCAUUCUCCGUGGGCAAAACGGCAAACGGGUGAUGUUAUUCUUCGCAAAUUCCCAACGAGGAGGCCUAAAGCGAUACGUGUCCAUUCCCCUCAACUGUGUGGCAAACGUCAAGCCUCCGAAAAAGCCUGGGCGACCGGUGGUGGUGGAACUUAAUCCGAAUUUUGAAAUCUUAUCACAGAUGCGGAACUUAACGAUCCAAUUUCUCGACAAUAAUGGUCAGUGCUCCGUCUGA